AUGCUCCUUCUGCUCUGGAAGAGAGCGCUGCUCCUCGCCGCCGCUGGCCUGCUCGGUCUAUGGUCGCUGUUCACGGCCACGACGUCCGACUCCUUGCACUCUCUCCCAGCGCUGGAUCGACUCAGCAAUCUCGGGAAGGACAAACCGCGCGUCGCCAUCCUCGAACCGACAUCAUAUCAUUCAGGUGUCGCUGGAGAAUGGACCGAACUCGAACAACUAUUGCAAGAGCCGGAGCCAGCGCGCAUCGAGGAAGUCAAGCCUCUCCUGGAGGCGAACAUGUUCGACGUCGUCAUUGUCAACACUUGUAGGUCCUCCCUCCCUCACUACACACCUCCGUCUCGGCGGCGAUCACGGCAUCAGGGCGGUGGAAAGAACUGCGAUCGUCUCGUCGUUCAUGCAGCCUCCGCCACCCCCGAGACUUUUGCCCCACUCAUAUCCAGCUAUUUGGAAAGCUUCUCUCAGCUGACGCCAGGCGAUGACAAGUUUUGGCACAACCACGACUCGAUCUGGGCGGCGCUCGGCAACUCGACAGCUCGCGUGCUGUGCACAUUGCAUGAGGGGGAGUACUUUGGCCGCGACGAGGUGAAGGCUCACCUGCUCCCUGUCCGAGACCGAGUCUCAAUGCUGGCACUCGGUGCACACACGGCACACCUGCUUCGUCGUCAACUGCAGAGGUGGGCGAAGGACGAGUGGGAGUGGGAGGGCGUGCAGGUCUAUGAUUAUGCGCCGGUGUUCACUCUUCCACUCAGUGUUCGAAGGAAGGAACCAGGCAACCGCGACUAUGAGGGUCUCCUCUCAGACCUCGAAAGAAGCAUAAUGGCCAACCCCGAGGAUUGGGGCUAUGUGCUCUCCGACGGCAAGCUGGCGCCCCAGGACGACGCCUUCACGCUCCACCUGGUGGGCAUGAAGGAGCAGGACCUUCAGUUCCCCUCUGCCCUGGUUGACAGUGGCGCGCUCAAGUUGCACGAAGGUGUGGACACGCUCGAGUACUACCGUCUCAUCGGGCAAAUGGACAUCAUUGUUCCCGCAUUCCGGAACGAGCGGUACGUUACUGAGCGCGCGAGCGCCUCCAUCCCGGCAGCCGUUAUGGCGCAGACACCCCUCCUCGCCACCGUACCAAUCGUGGAAGCGUACACCUACCUUGACCCAUCGGCGUACCUCCUGCGCCCGAUGGGCAUGCGGCCUGCGGAGGCGUUGAGACACCUGCGCCUGGGCCAAGAUCCGUGGGUCGCGGCAUUCGGCGAGGCCGCCGCCCAGAGCACUCACAAGGCAGGGAAGAAGUGGUGGUCACCGUCGACAGUGAGGAGGGUGCAAAAGGACAACGAGAGGCUGUUCCGAAAGCUGCUGUAUUAG